UGUUAUAGUUUUGAGGUUAUGCGAUAUCGCUAAACAGAAUAAUAAAGAUUCUUGCGAAAACUAAAAUAAAUUGAUAGACUUGCUCUCUCAGGCGACAUUACCACAACUUCUUAAGAAAAUACGUUUAUAUCCAAUCGCGAAAGAUGUCUUUUCCCGAUAAAGAGCAAAGAAAGACUUGUUGGGAGUCCAGGGAUCGUUACUGGGAGUGUUUAGAUAAGCAGAACAUAAAAGACAGCUCCUAUAAACCCAAAGAGUGUUCAGAGUUAAGAAAGCUAUUCGAAAAGUCUUGCCCCACACAGUGGGUCUCACACUUUGAUAGGAAACGGGACUUUAAUGUGUUUAAAGAGAAAAUGCAGAAGGAAGGAUAUGAACCUAUAAAAGAACAAUAAAGAUUAAUGUUUAAUUGUUCAGCUUUUAUUGUAAAUAUUAGAUCUUGAAUAGUAAAUUAUUUUUAGUUGC